AUGGCUACCCGCUCCCGGCCAACCUCUCAAACCCGCUCCCCAAUUGAUCAGGGAGAGCUGGGAUCCCAACUUCCGCCAACCCCCUAUGUCAAACUUGGGGAAGUAUCCCUCAAGCGGAUCACAAGCCUCCUCCUUGGCCUCCUUGGCCAAGUCAAACACCUCGAGCGGAAAGUGGAAGAAGUCCAAGAAGCAGGGGUCAAGGCCCGGACCAACCUUGAGAACAUCUCUCAAGCCGUCAAUACUGUCAAGGAUGGGCUUAGAAGCCUCCAACUCCAUGGGCCCCGGACCCCAGAAGACACAAAACCCCCGGCUGUGGAAGCAACGCCACGCCCCUUACCAAAAGUCAACCCUGUUGGAUCAACUAUGCCCCCGCGAGUCUCAUCUCCCCCUUCAUCUCUGCGUCUCCGAUCCCCAAUUGGGACAGCUGCCCCUCCACCUCCGGCUCCAGUCACCGCCUAUCCCGCUCCAGUCAAGGUUGACCACCCCGACGCCUACACAGGCAAAAUAGGGAGCAAAGCAAAGCAGUGGCUGACUUGGAUGUUGGCCUGGACCCGCCUCAACUCGCGGAUGUUCCCCACCAACCAAGAGGUACUAUCCUUCCUCUUGAUGAACAUGAAGGACACCGCUGGGGCCUGGGCCCACCCUCACCUUGACCAGCUUGGUUCACACCGGGCCAUCAUUCAAACAGUCGAGGGGUUCAAAGUGGAGUUCUUAGCAGCAUUUGGCGACCCUGACGCUACAAGGGCCGCAGAGCAAAAAAUUACCACCCUCACCCAGUCCGGCACAUGCGCGGACUAUAUCACAAAGUUCAGAACCCUGGCAAUGGAACUGGACUGGAACGACGCGGCCCUUAGAGGCCAGUUUGCCUGUGGCCUCCACUGGGAGGUCAGCCGCCAAAUCGCAACCCGCAAACACCGGCCCCAAACACUCCUUGAGCUGCAGAACGCAGCACUUGUCAUCGACAAUGCUCUCCGCAAAGAGCAUGCUAGCCAUCCACCAAGGGAUAAUAAGCCUAGCAGACCAUCCAACCCCGCAAGGGGGACAAGUACUGGCCAAGCAACAUCCGGUUCAAAGAAACUCUCCAACAACCCCAACUUUGUGUUGGAAGAGGAACAAAAUUGCCGCCGCGCCGCUGGCGCCUGCAUCAAAUGCGGCAAAAUGGGCCAUAAGUUUGCAGAAUGCCGCACUGGCUGGAAGGCUACCCCUAUCAAGGACAAAGGGAAAGCCAAGGAAACCGCCAAAAUUGGCAAAGACUCUGAGUACCAAUCGGGAAAAGAGUAA